CUGCACCCUGCAGAGCUGGAGUCUGUAUGCCAACAGAGUUUGGAAUUCAGUAAAAGGAGGAACACUGAGAAUAUUGACAGCUCAGGCCCAUCAGUGAGAGUCUCACUUCAUUGGAGUGUUUCCCAUGAGUAGCAGCUGUGCUGACUCAGAGGAGCGUCUCAUGAACUGGCUGUUGGGAAAGAGUCGCUAUAAUCCGCUGAUCCGCCCGGCUGUCAACAGGAGUGCCAGAGUCACAGUGAGGCUGCAGGUGUCUUUGGCUCAGCUCAUCAGUGUGAAUGAAAGAGAACAGAUUAUGACCACUAAUGUCUGGCUCACUCAGCACUGGGAGGAUUACAGGUUAUCUUGGGACCCUGCAAAGUAUGAAGGUAUCGACAAGCUACGAAUUCCUUCCAGACACAUCUGGCUUCCAGAUAUCGUUCUGUACAACAAUGCUGAUGGUACCUAUGAGGUUACAGUCUUUACCAACGCUAUAGUCCUCUCCAAUGGCACCAUCAACUGGCUUCCUCCAGCGAUCUACAAAAGCGCCUGUAAGAUUGAGGUCAAGCAUUUUCCCUUCGACCAGCAGAACUGCACCCUCAAGUUCCGCUCCUGGACAUAUGACCACACAGAGAUUGACUUGAUCUUGAAGUCUGAGGCGGCCAGUAUGGAUGAUUUUACACCCAGUGGGGAGUGGGAUAUUCUGGCGCUUCCAGGCAGACGAACUGUCAACCCUUUGGAUCCGACCUAUGUAGACCUCACCUAUGACUUCAUCAUUAAGAGGAAGCCUCUUUUCUACACCAUUAACCUGAUCAUUCCCUGUGUUCUUAUCACCUCUCUGGCAAUCUUAGUCUUCUACCUACCAUCAGACUGUGGAGAGAAAAUGACCCUCUGCAUCUCUGUGCUUCUGGCCCUGACUGUCUUCCUGCUUCUAAUCUCAAAGAUCGUCCCUCCCACCUCGCUGGAUGUACCCCUGAUUGGCAAGUAUCUGAUGUUCACCAUGGUGCUGGUGACCUUCUCCAUUAUCACCAGUGUGUGUGUACUGAAUGUGCACCAUCGCUCCCCUAGCACUCACACCAUGCCCUCAUGGGUUAAGAUGAUAUUUCUCAUCAAACUACCCGCCUUACUCUUCAUGAGACGCCCUCACAAUAACUCAGCACGCCAGAGACUUCGUCAGCAGCGGUGUCUGCGAGCAAGGAGAGCCAUUUUGGGCGUGAGUUACCCAGUUGCGUCCAAAGCAGGUAUCACCAUGUCAUCUGCUGCUCUGCUGUCCCCUGACUCUGCCUUCUCCACCCCUGGGCACAAAAAUGCAGCUCCUUCACUGAGUCACAGCCACUCCUACAGGAGAGGGGAACUGCGACCAAAUGAUUACCUUCCAAGUUUUGCUUCUGCACAAGAUCUUGAUCACAAGAUGCAGAGCAGAAAUUCAGACUUGGCUGCUGAAGUCCAAGAGGCAGUAAAUGGGGUCCGCUUUGUUGCAGAGCAUAUGAUGGGAGACGACGAUGAUCAGAGCGUAAUAGAGGACUGGAAGUAUGUGGCCAUGGUGGUGGAUCGGAUGUUCCUGUGGAUCUUUGUGAUUGUGUGUGUAGUGGGAACUCUGGGAUUAUUUCUUCAGCCUGUCUUCCAGAGUCAGAUUGUGCCAAGUCAGCAGACCAGCUCGGAAAUGCCUCGCAUGUGAUGGAAAACAAAGAGCACAGGGCAAGUUGUAGUUUAUCACAAGAUUGAUGUGUAAGGAGCUGAAAUAUCUCAGUUGCAAGGUGUUAAUUGUUUUCUGGAACACAGCCUGGUCCAAACCUUAGAAAAAACACCAGGAAAAUGAACUUGUAACCAUUCAUCAAAUGAACCAAUAAGAUACUGGCACCUGACUAAAAUAUAUGCUAAUGACUAAACCAAUAAAGUUGGCAGCAAUACAACCCUCGCCCACAUCUGAAACAUAAAUGUAUUGUACAUUUGAGGGGCAUAAAAGGACAGCUUAGCACAGGGGUUGUUUUUCUUCAUUUCUACAAAAGACCUCUGCAGAACUGGAAUUAAUGCAACAAUCACUGCACUUACUGUACCAAGAAAUGAGAUGAAUCUGACUGCUGUCAGAUGUUUCGCCCCCUAUUUGUGCUCAAGUUGAAAUGUUUGAUUAAAGAAUGGAUAAUAAAGAUAAACUGUGCCCUCUUUCAGUUUGAUUAAAUCUAUGAAAUCACCAAUGAAGU